GAAUGCGCUUGGAUUUGACGGACAGUCUGAAUUCCUAUCUAAGUUAUGAAUUUCUUGAUGAAAUAAUUAAUUUGAUAGAACAAAAUACGUCUCUGCGUCUUUUAUUUUUACUCCAAAUUUUUUAUAAUAAGAGUAAAGUAUGGAUAAUCGCCGUAAAUAUCCACGUAAUGAAGAACGUAGUGAGGAUGUUCCUGUAUACUCUAGAUUAUUUGUUGUUUGUGAUCGUAAUGUAAAAGAAGAAACAUUACGCGAUGAAUUUUCAAAAUUUGGCACCAUUGAGGAUCUGCGAAUUCCACUUGAUCAUAAUACAGGCGAGCCCAAAGGAAUAGCAUUUAUAAAAUUCUCAAAAACAUCAGAAGCUGCAAAUGCUCUUGAAAGCAUGCAUGGUAAAACUUUGAGAUCUCGACAGCUCAAAGUAUUGGUAGCCGCAAACCGAUCAGAUAUUCAAACAGAUGAAGUCGACAAUGAUAAAUAUAGACGUUUAUUCCUACAUAUUGCUAAAGAAAUGAAUGAAGACUGUGUAAAAGAAUAUUUUCAACAGUUUGGGUCUGUUGAAGAUGUCUUGGUCCAAAGAGAUAGAAAUACAGGAGCUCCUAGGGGGUUUGCGUAUGUCAAAUUUCGAAAAUUUUCUGAAGCCGCUGUUGCGUUUGAGCAGUGUGAUAGACGGUACAGAGCUAUCUUUGCGAGUCCUAAAGGACAAAGACGUCCUGAGACAGCAUUUGAGUCAAAUAUAAAUUCACUGGUGGCUGGUAAUUCUAUUAUGUCUAUGAUGAAUGUCCGACCAAAAGGUUUUACUCGGCUACAUUUCAUGUGCAGUCCUUAUUUGCUAGAAAUGCAUAUUGCGCGACUAUUUAAUAUAAUACCUGGUAUGGUUAAUUGUAAGCUUGUAUUUGAUAUAGUCCGAAACUUCAGUAAAGGUUUUGUUGAAUACUCUAACCCCAUUUGUGCACAAUAUGCACUCCAACAACUAAAUGAGUUUGAAUAUCCUCCGGGACAGAGGAUUUUUGUCAAACCUGCCUCUUUGAACUUUGGUCAACAUGAGGAAAAUUCAUUCAAUUUACCCAGCACUGUUAACAAGCUAAAGGAUGCCAUAAAUUCCACACAAAAUUCCCAAACUCCUGAUCUGGCUAAACUUGCCGAAGCCAUUGCAGAGGCUUCCAAAAUCAUAAAAAUGGCAACAGCUGGUGUUGCUGACGAUAAUAUUCCAGAUGCUGGUGAUUUGAAUUAUUGUAGUGUUGCAUUGCCAACGCCCCAACCAUUGGCAGAUAUUGAUGCCCCUGUAGCCAAGAGAUGCUUUUUGAUUUGUAAGCCUCAACCUCCACCAUUAACUGUUUUACGUGAUAUAUUUUGUCGCUUUGGUAAUCUUAUCAAUGUUUAUACCCUACCAAAUAAGACAGUAGGUUACGCGCGUUACUCCACUAUCGAAUCAGCAGAUAUGGCAAUUAAAACAUUACACGGUGCUGAAAUUUGCGGUAUAAGAAUUAAAGUCAUAGAGGCAGAGGAAGAAGUGCCCAACAAAAGACCGAGGUUUGAUUAAACAGGACAGACAACAUGACUCGGACAAGACGUGAAGACAAAUACGCUGGACGUACCGACAAUUGGUCUUUGUGAACAUACUUACAGACAAAUAAAUAAUUUUACACUA